AUGCCUAUAACGCGAUACUUGCGUGCCAGCGGUAGAGGAAACUACUAUCACCGCGGUUCCGUGAAAUGGCAUCGCAGGCGCGGCGGGGGCGCCCACAAUGGUCAAAUGCCGCGAGAAUACAACAACCAAAGCCAACCUGCAUCCGCCUACACUACUUACCAUGGGCAGAUGGAGCGUCGGUCGCGUGCAAUUUCCCCGGACGAACGAUUGUUGGCACAGCAAGACAGAGUGUUGUUGUCGGAGCGGCCGUCCCGGGAACGAUACCGCGCUGCUGCGGACGACUACUCCCGGCACAGUGCUAGCCGUGAGCGUAGUUUAUCGUCCGUGCUGAGCGAUAUUAGCUCCGGAAGCAGCUGUUUUGGGACGGUACGGGCAAGCGAAGCGUACGGCAGUCCGGUGUACGAAGAUCUUACGGACGAGGAUGAUAUUCGAUCGCUGGACCUAAUGACGGAAUCCUCCAUGAACCUAUCCGUAGCACCACCGCCGGUAAUAAAGCACAAAAAGCGCAAAAAAGACAAGCGUAAGAAGGAAAAGGCUCGGUUACGGGAGCGCAAACGUGCGAAAAAGGAUAAGCGACGCCAGAAGGAAAUACUCGAGGAGCGAAUCUGUCCACCAGAGCACGAGGUGGCCCAGUCGAAGGAAAUAUUCGCUUCCGGUCAAAACAUCCUGGUAAGCGUAAGCUUCAUCGACAACGACAAGUCGAAGGAUCGAAACGAUCGACACAAGAAAAGCAAGCGAAAGAAGACCAAAAGGGAAAAGACUCGCGAAAAGCUAAUCGUUACCAAAGAGGAACGUGCAUCCGAUACGGCAACGUCUGCCCGCAGUCCUCACAGAGACAGUCCCAGCUCCGGGCGAGAGCUCGAAACGAAAGACGUCAAGGAAAAGUACAGCUUAAAGCAGCAACAGACAACACAAUCGGAACAGGAAAAGAAACAGGACAGCCAACAGCAGCUACAAAGUGAACAACAUUCAACAUCGGUUCAUCAAUCACCUGAUCAGAAGCUUCCUCCCGCGAAGAAGAAAAAACUUGAUCCGGGCGUUAAACCUGUCAUGGUGAUCGAUCUCGAACGAUCGCCCGGCGGUCAAGUAAUAUCAAGCCCGAAGGAGAUCAUUGUGCUGAGUGACGAGGAAGGCAAAAGGACGCUGGCACAACGGGGUAUCGGUAAAGAAGAGUCGAAACCAAACGAAGCGGAUCAAAGUAAUCGCGGUCCGAACACCCCACCGGAACCGGCGCCCAAAUCGCCUGACUCGUACGAUCCCUUCGAACCAACGAAAUCCUCUCCCAGCACGGCCAUUUCGAGGCACGACUUGGGUAGCAUAUCAUCGCUCAGCUUUCUCGACCAUCACACCCAACAGGAUGGACAGAAAGAGUCGAAAAUGGACUUCCACCCCCACCAUCACCAUCAUCACUCGGUUGCUCAUCAUGGUCUCCACCACCAUCAUCCACACCACGGGCAUGGCCACCAUCAUGGGCAGGAAAGGUUAAUGGGACAAUCCGACCAGCAAACCGGUCCGGGAGCAGUGUUCGGUAGCGAUGUGCUCGAUCUUCAUCCGGACUCACCGUUCGAGAAGAUGAACAAUCUUAACAGCAGUCCAUCGCGUACGACCACCACCGGUCCUUACCAUCACCUGCAUCAUCCGUCACCGAUGAAAGCGAUCAUUAAAUCGAUGCCGAAGAAGCUGCUUGCAUCGGGCAGUGGACGAACAGAUCACACGCGAUCGCACGGAAUGGCGGGCAAAUCGAGCCAAACAAAUGCGACGAUCGGUGGUCAACCAAGCGGUGGAGGUACGACGAGUGGUGGUGCGACCACGAGCGGUGGAGUUCCCUUCGAGGAUGAGCUGAACGAUGGUGAUAUUUCACCGUACUCACCCCGUUCGAGUGAUUGCGAUGAGCAGAUGUUUGAACCACCGAGCCACGAUGGCAAUGGGGAAACGCAAACCAUCGCACUGACGGUCGACAAUCUUCGGAAGGUGUUUGGCAACGAUCCGAAAACGUUGUACGGUGAUCUGCGGAAAAGCUAUCAGCAUCGAUCGGUGAUCGCUGUGGAUGAAAUGUACAAACCUCAUAAAAUGACGUUAGAAAUGCUGGAUGAAAUACCUGACUCGGCCGUUGAUAUGCAGGUGAAGGAAAAGCUCAUCAAAAAGCUCCAGCGCCAGGAACGAAUAGUGGAAGAGGUGAAACAUUUCCUUAAACCACACUUCAAUAAAAAGCGCAUCGACAAGGACGAGUACAAGGAGAUAAUGCGAAAAUCGAUUCCCAAGAUAUGUCACAGCCGAUCGGGAGAAAUCAAUCCGGCCAAGAUACAGGCCCUGAUUACGGCGUACGUUAAGAAAGCAAUUGCCAAGCGGAAACUCAUCGGUGGUGAGAUGGGUUCCGCUUCCGGCACGCCGUUGGCAAACCUCGGUAGCUACGGACAUGCACAUGAACCUACGGCUACUGCCACCACGGCAACACAGCCACCGGUGGUGUUAAUGAACCGAUGA